GGGGAAAAAAACAUUCACUCUCCUCCUCUCACUCACUCUUCAACACACACACACACACACAGAGAGAGAGAGAGAGAGAAGGAGAGAGAGAGAACAGAGCGUUCACUCACAGGAACAGAGCGGAGACUACAGUUGGACAUGCUGGGCCGGAGUAAACUGCCCCUCCUGUGGGCCUGCCUGCUGCUGACCGCCACUCUCUGCCCCAGCGUCCAGGGCAAGCGCGGAGGCGGCGGCGGCUUCCGGGGCCGGGGCAAAGGCGUGGGCAUGGGCAGCAAGGUGCCCUCCUCCCAGAGCGGUGGCUCGUCCAAGCAGGGGCUGAAGAUGGCAGGCGCGGCCGCCGCCGGGGCGAUCGGCGGGGCAGCCAUCGGGUACGGACUCGGCUCGCUGGGCAAGAACCGCUACGGGCACGGCUACGGGCACGGGCAAGGCCACGGCUACGGAAACGGCUACGGGGAGGACCGGAGAGGGUACUACCAAGAAGGCCCUGGGUUUAACCAGUCCAGCUACCGGUACCACAAAGGGGCAGCUGCCGGUGGACCCGUGGCCUCGGUGCUGACCGUCCUGGUGCCGCUGGUACCACUGGUUCUGGCACAGUGGGCCGGCGUCGUGUAGCGGCACGCUUCACUUCAUGGGGUUUCUGGACACUAGCUGGACGGCUGAUGCCUAACGCCCCGCGCACCACGACCGUUCUCCUGAUCCAGUCAGUCACGGGGGUCCGGAACCACCCAGAAGGGUUCGGCCCAAACGGCAGAUGGGUCCAGGGCAGACGUGGUCGCUUUCAGAACCAUUCCGGAAUCAUUCUAGAAGUACCCCGGAGACAUCCCAGGCCAAACCAGAUGAGAGCUAUUGAAAAGAGUGUGUGAAUAGCAGUGCAGUGUGUGAAUCACUACCCCUGUUUUCACUGAUAUCAGACAGAGGAAGAAUAUUACAUGUUAUGUGAUUAGAAUAUCUAAUUAUGUUUUAAAGACUGAAUGUGUACACCACUUUUGAGGGCUUCUGACUAAAACUGUUAAAUAUGUGUAAUGUGUGCAAGGUUAAAGCAAACCA